UCUCGGCUCCCCGUCCCAGCUGCUGCGUCCGCCCUGCACGCGCUGCCACGUCACAUUGGUUGGCCAGACAUGGCGUUCACGCUGUACACCCUGCUGCAGGCCGCCCUGCUAUGUGUCAAUGCGAUGGCCGUGCUGCACGAGGAGCGCUUCCUGAGCAAAAUCGGCUGGGGAACGGAUCAGGGGAUUGGAGGAUUUGGAGAUGAACCAGGAAUCAAAUCCCAACUGGCCAAUCUUAUACGAUCUGUGCGGACAGUAAUGAGAGUGCCCUUAAUUAUCGUCAACUCGAUAACGAUUGUGCUGCUGUUACUCUUUGGAUAAAGAAGAAAACCUCUCACAGCAACAUGGAGCAUUCUAACCGCGUCUCACGGACUUUCUACCCAUCAGCCCUACACUUCGCAAUAGCAUUUCCUCUUCGGUUGUUUUUUGAACACGGAUGAAUGCGGCAGUAUAUAUGAAGAUACUGACUGGUGCUAUAUACCCUUAACCAGGGGCAACUCUUCAUUUAACCACAACCGUCAACAAUACGGAACUGUAUUCGCUAUAACGGGGUCCUUGACCUCAUUACGAUUACAGCCCCUCCCCCCAAUCCUAUAGUGAUAACAGUGAUAGUUAAUAAUCUAACAAUGUUAUUUUUAACUAUUCUGAGAUCUGGUCCCGGAUCCCCAUCGCUUGCCUGUCAUACCCCUUGGUUAAGAACCCUCUGCAUUAUAGGGUUUAGACUCGAGUUCGGUGAUGUCACCCGGAGCACUCCAUUGGAAGCCUGAAUAAAACCCAGCAACGUUAUUCCCCCUUGGUGCAUUCAUUUACACAGCGGCCCAGACGUGAACUGUAUAUUAUAACCAGUAGGCAUACCCUGCUGUAAAACAAAGAGUUUCUCCCCAUAUUGUGUAUAUCAUUUUUUAAAGGAAGCUGUUGAUCAAGAGCACGCAAGUCCUCGAAGUCGUAUCGCGUGGCCUUGUUUACAGCCCGGUGUAUCAAGCACUGAAAUGUAUUGUACAUGCUGUAGAAUAAGUGUGUUAUUGCGCUCCUUUUUCCCAUCAAAACCAAUAGCUUGAAGAUUUUCAUCAGUAACUAUGGCCGCCUUGAUACCAUAAUCACAGUAUCUUUGUAGUUUUGUGUUGGCUUAAUGUAAAGCGCAAAAAUACUGUACAUUAUCUUAAUGCAUAAAUCAAGGGAAAGUUUUAACAAUUGUUUCCUCCAACCCAUGAUGUCAUCACCAUGCAGUCAGCUGAAUUAAAUCACCUGCUUUUGCUUAAUGCAGGCAGCAUUCUUAUUAUGUUUAGGUGAUGUCUUGUAAGAAGUAUAGAGUGUAUGUUCAAAGGACCCUUUUUUGCGCAUUCCACAACACCUGAAAUAUAUAGGAUUGUGUUACUAUACCAUACAAACCUAUUGCACAGAUGUGUUCAAGGACAAUUUGUAUUAAACCUUUGGUUGUUGUA